AGAAGAACUAUUUGAAUUGUGUGUCUACAUUGCAAACAUAGAUUGUAUCAAUACACUGUCAAGCAAACAUGGACAGCAAAUGGGGCCAAAAUAUGGAUGUGAUUUUCUGAGGGAACAAGAGCGUGGAUUUGAACAGAGGAACACAUGCGCGUGAGCGGCUGUGUAGCGGAGGCCGGCGCGGCACAUUUGGCGGAAGUGGGUUCACCGGUUGCGCGGGGACCAUGGACUUUUAGUGACAUCAUCUCUAGUCACCCGGAGGACGAGGAGGACGUGGACGACACGUACAAGGUGAUGUUGAUAGGCGACAGCGGCACGGGGAAGACAUGUUUGCUGGUUCGCUUCAAGGAUGGAGCAUUUCUCUCCGGAAGCUUUAUCUCCACAGUUGGUAUUGACUUCAGGAACAAGGUUGUUGAAGUGGAUGGAACGAAAGUCAAAUUACAGAUCUGGGAUACAGCUGGUCAGGAACGAUUCCGCAGCGUCACACACGCUUACUACAGGGAUGCUAACGCUUUGCUGUUGCUGUAUGAUGUUACAAACAAGUCCAGUUUCGAUAACAUCAGGGCGUGGCUCACCGAGAUCAAUGAAUAUGCUCAAGAGGAUGUGGUGAUCAUGUUACUAGGCAACAAGGCCGACAUGUCGGGCGAGAGGAUGAUUCGGGUUGAGGAUGGUGAAAAACUUGCCAAGGAUCAUGGGGUGGCAUUUAUGGAGACUAGCGCCAAGACGGGGAUGAAUGUAGAGCUGGCCUUCAUGGCGAUUGCAAGAGACCUGAAGAUGAAGAAGAUGCGGCAGCCAUCUGACCCAACGUUUAAUGUAGCAGAGUACGUUGACAGCCAGAAAAAGACGCCGGGUUGCUGCAGCUAACCCCUGGGGCAGUUUGUCCACCCGUUUGUCUGUCCAUGUCUCCACCACUGCUGCUGUCCCCCAACAUCCCCAUGGUGGACCCUUACAUGUGCAGGAUCUGUUAUAGUGCAUUGUUAUCUCUGUAAUAGGGUAGAGUUAGUUCAGUGAUCAAACUUAAAUUUUGUUCAUGCAAUGUGGCAUUGAUUCAUUUAUUGAUAAGUAAACAGUACUUAUUCUACAUCAUCAUUAGGUGCUUGUUAUAACAAGACUUAUUCUGCAUCAAUAUUAGGUGCAUAUUAUAUACAUGUAUGUGUUCAUGAACUACUAGUUAGAGUUAGUUAAAUCAUGUAUUGCAUUUCUAUGUACUAACUGAGAAUAAAGAAGAUAAUUUUGUAGUGACAAAAUAUAAAUUAUUUUUUUUAAAUUACAUAUUUCCACGAGUGAAAUAUGUGAGUUUAAAUAGCUGUGUUUUAUCUGGUCAAUUGUAUGAGAAGUAUGUUGAGUAGGAAAUUUUAGAGUGAGUGAAACUGUAUUUUGAUUUGCUGCAGGAAACAUUAUUAUUUUACUUAGUUUGUAACGUGAUGUUCAUGAUAUCUACUACAAGUGUGUGUUUGUAAUGUGAUGUUCAUGAUAUCUACUACAAGUGUGUGUUUGAAACGUGAUGUUCAUGAUAUCUACUACAAGUGUGUGUUUGAAACGUGAUGUUCAUGAUAUCUACUACAAGUGUGUGUUUGUAACGUGAUGUUCAUGUUAUCUACUACAAGUGUGUGUUUGUAACGUGAUGUUCAUGUUAUCUACUACAAGUGUGUGUUUGUAACGUGAUGUUCAUGUUAUCUACUAUAAGUGUGUGUUUGUAAUGUGAUGUUCAUGAUAUCUACUACUACAAGUGUGUGUUUGAAACGUGAUGUUCAUGAUAUCUACUACAAGUGUGUGUUUGUAACCUGAUGUUCAUGUUAUUUACUACAAGUGUGUGUUUGUAACGUGAUGUUCAUGAUAUCUACUACAAGUGUGUGUUUGUAACGUGAUGUUCAUGUUAUCUACUACAAGUGUGUGUUUGUAACGUGAUGUUCAUGUUAUCUACUACAAGUGUAUGUGUUUGUAAUGGGAUCUUCAUGUUAUCCUUAACACAACGUGCUUAUGUUUGUAACAUGGUGUUCAUGUCAUCCACAUACAUGAAUGUGUAACAGGAUGUUCAUGUUAUCCACUCCACGUGUAUGUUUGCAAAGUGAUGUUCAUGUUAUCCACUCCACGUGUAUGUUUGCAAAGUGAUGCAUGUUAUCCACCACAUGAAAGAAAACUAAGACAAAAGAAUAAAAUACUAGUAGCUGUGGUUAAGUAGGAGAAGAGAUGAAGAUGGUUGUGUCAUUUGGCAUAGAUUAAAGCUAUGGCAGUCCCUCAUUUAAGACUAAAUACAGACUUAACACUGUAACUAGUACACAAUUUUUUGAAAGAGAAGUAUUUAUGAAUUGUUUUUGUUUCUCUUUUAGUUUCAUACCCAAUGCAUACAGAUUGACUUUCAAAUGAAAAACAAUUGAUACUCAAUAUUGGUUUUUAACACAUAGAUAUGCAUGCUGAUCAAUUUCAUUGCACACAUUCUUAGUGAAUUGUGGGGUAAUUUGUUUCAAAACUUAUGCAAAAUGCAUGAUCUUUUGUUGUGUUCAUGUAUUUUCAACAUGUCAAGUUGUUUUUGAUGGAGUAGAUGUAAAUAGCAAGGUGAUUACUCAUGACUUUAAUGAAUCUCAAAAUAUAAUAGCAUAAUAGUGCUCAUGCCUUGAGUUCAUUCCCCGGCAUAAGUUGCUAUCUUAGGCUGCAUUAAGUUGGUAAACUGGUCACGCUAGGCACUGUAAACUCAGUCUUUAAUGUUUCAUUCCAAAUCAGUUCAUCCUAAGUAUGUUGAUGUCAAUUUCCUUUUUUUAUUACUUUAUAUUUGAUUGAUUUUUAUUACCGGUACAUUUCUUAAAUAAUCAAAGUUGACAGAAACUUACCUCUUUAACACAAAUCAUUUUCAGCAUUUUUUUAUUGCCACACACAAAAUUAUAUAUAACUUUCCAUUUAGUUUUAGCUCUCAUAACUAGAUUUAUAUUUUCACAUUCCAUGACGCUAAGAAUUCCAUGACAAUUUUUAUGUCAAAUCACAUGUAGUAUUCUUCAUAAUUAUUUGAGAAAAUGUUGUUUAACUUAUGGUUGUGGGGUCAUUUACAGACAUAUUUAUAAUUGAUAAAUUAUUAUUAUGUAUUUUUAUUUAAUUUUUACCAAAACAGAAAAGUAGUGGAACUGUUUGUUAUUUUGGAAUUGUAAUCUAGAGCUGGUUGUUGUAUUGAUCUGAAGUGUCUUUAUUUAUAUUAUUUAUCAUUAUUUAUCAUUAUUUUGUUAUAGCUUUGUUUGCUGUUUUUUCCAUAGUUCAGUAUGGUAACAUGUUUAGUUGUUCUAUGUAGAUCUCAGUUUUGCCUCCAUAUAAUGCCCGCACCAUCUAGUCUUGACCUGUUAUAUUUAUCGUGUACCAUGCUUUCCACUCUUUUUUAUUGCAUACAUAAUAAGUCCAGUUAGAGCCAGUGUAGAGAUGACUGAUAUUAUGCCCCCAUUAAACCCCCCUUAUUACAUAUUCACAUUAUAUUAAAUUGAAACAUUAACUAUAUUGUUUGCUUCUUUUGACACAUCAUAUAACUAGGUUUCUUGCAUACCGGACCUGUGUCCGGUCAUGUGACCAGUGCUGGAAAAACCCAUCAUACCCCGUGUAAGAUGAGUCACGCGCAACAACCUGUCACUUCUUAUUUCAUUUAUUGUAUGGUUUAUGAAAAAUAUAGUAUGCCAUUUCAAUAAAGCGCAAUCACAUAUAUAUGUUUGCAAGACUUUUGAUUAAAAUUGAAAAUAAAUAAUCGUUAAAAAACGCUAAUUUUAGUUAUUCAAAAUUACUGCGCUCUAUGACGUCAGUAAACAACGUCGCACGCGCUUUUUGGUGUAAUUGUACAAUAGUUCGUUUUCAACGUCAUUUUUUCCACAAAUUGAUUAAUUUAGAUAUGCAAGAAAAAAUAUCAAUCAUGUUUUUCGGCAAGCCUCGUUACCGGCUUACGCGUGUGCCCUAGGGUCGGAUUUUUCUAUCCGUACCUGAAACACAUGAUAGAUACUUAUAGUAAUUGCACUGUCUUUAAAAGCUGACUUAUAACAAAUCAUGUAAACAUGCAACAAGAGUUUUCUGUAAUUUUAUUUUCUAUACGUGUAGAAAAAAGUAUUAUUGUUUUUUUGCUGGACUAUUUAAAGAAGAAUUAAGAGGCUUUGCUACAACUCCCCCCCCCCCACAUCAAUACCCUUCAUUCAAUUUACUUAAUACUUAUCACAGUUGUUUAGGGCCAUCACAAAAUGAGGCUACAUAACUCCAUAUCAUCCUACAUACAUACUAUGGCCCCAAAUUGACUUAGGAAUCAGGUUUAAGUUUAAGGGCAAGUUGGGACUUUUACUAAUAACUUCAGUACCAUUCAUUCAGUUGACCUAAUACUUCAAACAAUUAUUGGCCUUUGAUUGACCAAGGAAAUUAGGUUAAAAUUUAGAGCAUAUUGUGUCCAGAUAAAGUUUUAGGGCAAGUUAGGAUUUUCACUAAUUACUUCUAUACCCUUUAUUCAAUUGAUCUUAUAAUUCACACAGUUGUUCAUGGCCACCCCACAAACUAGGUUACAUAGUCAAGGUCAAGAUCAUUGUUACUAAAAAUGGUAAGUACUGAAUAACUUUAGGUAAGGUUGACAUAUUAUCACAAACUUGGUAUAUAAAAAGAGUUUAUGGGGAAUAUUGAUGGGAUUGUGAUUAGGGCCCCUAUGGUCAAGGUCACUGUUAUUUAAAGUAGUAAAAGAAACAAUUACUGUUGAUACUGAAUAAUUUUCGUUAGGGUUGACAUAUUGCGACCAAACUUGGUAUGUAGGAAGAGGUUAUGGAGACUUUUCAUUGGAUUGCAUUUGGUGCCCCUAGGGUCAAGGUCAAGUUCACUGUUAGUAAAAAUAGAUAACUGUUUGGUACCGAAUAACUUGAGUUAGGAUUGACAUAUUGUGACCAAACUUGGUAAGUAGGUAGAGUGUAUGGCAGACUUUCGUGGGAUUGCAUUUAGGGUCAAGGCUAAGGUCAAUGUUACUAAAAUAAAACAAACAAAAAUGUUUGAAACUGAAUCUCACAACGAAGGCUGAAGUUCUUCUGCCAAUCAUUGAAAACAUGGUUUCAUCACAUUACGGCAUUUUCUGUUUACUUUUUGCCAUUUGUAUUGCUUUUGACAGGCACAUAUUACAUCAUCAUUGUAUUCAUUUCUGAGACAAAGUGGCAAAUGGUCGAGUGCACUGUCCUAUAACAGCUCUUUUUGCUAAUUAAGAUUGUGCUGAUGGUAUUUGGUCAACUUGAAAUCCAUCUCUCAUUGAUUACACAAGUCCACUUUCUUGCUUGUCUUUUUUUGACAUAAUAAAGUAAUAGAAGUAUUGCAAUAGCCCUUGUUAUUCAAAAAUGUUAACCAUGGCCAUAAUGGAGAUUUUCAAAUAAAACUUGAUACAUGUUGCUAGAUAAAAUGCACAUGUGUUUAAAGGUCCAUAACUCUGGCUUUUAUAAUUGCAGAGUUAUGCCCCUUCUCAACUAAAAAAAAUCACAGUAACAGAAGGGUAUUGGCAUCUACUUACUGUGCUAUUUUUUCCUCCGGUGAAGGGUAAAGCCCAUUAAUAGCAGUCUAUUGGAGCUCAGAUUUUACCUAUGUUUUCUCUAUUUUUCUUACCAAAGUUUUUUCUGAAUUGCUCGAUCCAUGUACCAAAUACACUCCUGUGCAAUAUCUAUCCUGUUAAACAGAAUUCCAAAGCUGAAUGUGUUGUAUUUAUGAAUGCGCCAUGAUAUAUUGCAGAGAAAAGAAAUGUAAGAUCAUUUAAUGCACUGUGAAUAUACAUGUGUAUGUUGUAAAACUAUUAGGGUGCACUUCAUGUUAUAGAUGCUGUUUAAAAAUAAUUUAAGUUAUAGCCAAAAUAUUACAUGAAACUUGCUUAACUUAGUGUGCUCAGAUUAAGUUGUUGCUAUUAACUUGAUCAUAUAUAUUCAUAUGAGCUCUUGAUCAUAUAUAUUCAUAUGAGCUCUUAUCUUGUGUGGUUUCUGCAAAGUUAAGAUAAUUUGUGGUUAAAUUAAAUAGAUAGUACACACUUCACCAUGUAAAUGUUUAUAAAUAUAUAAAUAUGACUUUUUGUGUUGUGAAAUUUACUAUUUUUUUCCAUAUAGGGAUUUAUGUUCACAUUUUGGUCUACAUGUAUUUAUGGUUCAAAAUUUACAACAGUUUUUUUGUGUGUAAAACUUGAAAUGUUAGCCCUAUGUUCAUUUUUGUGAUAGGAUGAGCAGAUAACUAACUGAGCUGUUUGAUGUAUGUUAAAAAUAGAGUAUUCCUAAUUUGGCAUUUAAAAAAUAUAUUGUUGAAAUAUAAUCUUUCUAAACUGA